AUGCCUGCCCCGACAGUAUCUUCCGGUGAGGACAUCAUGUCCCUACCGUACAAGAAUGCGAAGCUUCCCAUUGACGAGCGUGUUGAGGACCUACUGGAUCGCAUGACCAUCCAAGAGAAGGCUGGGCAAAUGUUUCAUAAUAUGAUGAUAAUGGGCCCCGGAGGCAGCCUUUUGACCGAGCCAAAUGAAGCUUUUGGCAUAGCAUCCGUCGAAACGCUCCUCGGAGAGAAAUUGAUGACCCAUUUCAAUCUUGUUGGAUUGGUUACCGAUGCCCGCGAAACUGCGGAAUGGCAAAACCGAAUGCAAAAGAGAGCCCAAGCCACCAGACUCGGCAUUCCUGUGACUAUAUCCACCGAUCCUCGAAAUCACUUUACGGAUAAUAUUGGAACUGGAUUUCAGGCUGGUGUUCUUUCCCAGUGGCCAGAAACUCUCGGCCUUCCAGCGAUACGAUCAAGGGAACUAGUCGAGCGAUUCGCAAAUGUGGCAAGACAAGAGUAUCUUGCACUCGGAAUCCGUCUGGCGCUGCAUCCACAGAUAGACCUUGCUACGGAACCUCGAUGGGCUCGAAUUGGCAAGACUUUGGAGAGGAUGCUGACCUCUCGUCGGAGCUCGUCGCAGCAUACAUUCGAGGAUUUCAAGCACUUUCCUGGAGGUGGUCCGGAAAAGGAUGGCGAAGACUCGCACUUUACCUAUGGCAAAGAACAGGUAUAUCCGGGCGGAAAUAUGGAGUAUCACAUUCGUCCAUUUCGAGCCGCUAUUGCGGCGGGAGCCGCUCAAAUGAUGCCAUAUUACUCGAUGCCGGUCGGGACUGAAUUUGAGGAAGUUGGAUUCGGAUUCAACAAAGGUAUCAUCACCGGCCUCUUACGCGAAGACUUGAACUUCCCCGGUAUCAUUUGCACGGACUGGGGCCUUGUUACGGACGCUACAAUUCUUGGGCAAGAUAUGCCAGCCCGAGCCUGGGGAGUAGAACAUCUCAGCAAGCUCGAACGUGUGAAGAAGAUCAUCGACGCAGGCUGCGAUCAAUUUGGUGGCGAGUCUUGUCCCGAGUUUGUUGUUCAACUGGUUGAAGACGGUCUGGUUUCCGAGAGCCGGAUUAACGAGUCAGUCCGAAGACUGUUACGGGAAAAGUUCGUCCUCGGACUAUUCGAAAAUCCGUUUGUGGAUGUUGAAGCCGCUGCUUCCAAUGUGGGAAACGCAAGUUUCAAAGACGAAGGUAGCAAAGCACAGCGACGCGCUUUCACGUUAUUGACCAACAAAGACAAUGUCCUUCCUUUGAAAGGUAGCCGAUUGAAAGUGUAUAUAGAAGGCAUUGAUCCUGUCAUUGCAGCUUCUCGACUGUUGGAAAUAGUGGAUACCCCGUCUGAUGCAGACAUUGCGCUUCUGAGGCUCAAAGCGCCAUACGAACCACGGAGUGGCGGAUUUGAAGCUAGGUUCAAUGCCGGGUCAUUGGAAUAUUCAAAUCAGGAGAAGGCUCGACAAGCAGCAAUUUUCAAGGUCGUGCCUACAAUCGUCGACAUCUAUCUUGACAGGCCGGCUGUCAUUCCAGAAAUAGCUGCGUCGGCAAAGGCUCUUAUGGCCAGCUAUGGAAGUAGUGGCGAUGCUUUUCUUGAUAUUGUGCUCGGAAAGGCUAGUCCGGAGGGCAAGCUACCAUUCGAUCUUCCAUUUUCCAUGAAAGCAGUCGAAGAAUCUAGAUCUGAUAUGCCUUACGAUACUGCAGAUCCAUUGUUUCACUUUGGUCAUGGAUUAUCCUACCCGAUUGAACCAGUUGAUUCAGUACCAUAG